GUUUGCGUGUAGCAGAAAGGGGGGAAGAGCAGAGCUCAGAAUACGGUGCGGAGAAAGAGAAAGGCAGGAUUACAGACUUGUCAGAAUAGAGAAAGGCAGCUAGGGAGAAGGAGACGAUGGGAGGAAAAAGCGACAGAGAGAGGCUUAAGAUUACAAAAGCAUACGUCUUUUGUAGCCGGGCUCAGUUGGGAUAGACAGCUAACAUUUUUAGAAGGAGUGCACAACCAUAAAACUUUCGGAGGAUGUUCUCCUUCGCUGAUCAAACUUGCGUCUGACAAACUAGGGAACCUGGACUUUGAGGAAGGCAAAGGAGGGUGCAGAGGUGUUUGAUGUGAUUGAUCCAAACAGCAACAGAGCCGAAGGUGGGGCAAACACAAUCCCCCCAGAGAAGUCUAGUCUAGGGGAUCCCAGGGAUUGAGUCUUCAGGGUAAAUAACAAGUCAUGCAAGAACAGGGGUGAAGCUGCUCUACAGAAGAGAAAGCGGGCGAGGGUAUAGGCUGCGGGAGCCGAUCCGAGGCAGUCCAGAGCAAAAUUAGUCCACAGAGAAAGAGGGUUUGACACUGGACUGAAAAGAGAUCAAGGCUGACUCAAGUCUUUGCUGCCUCUAACCUGAUUAGGGAGAACAGCAGCAGAGGUGGAGGCGAGCUGGGAGACAGAAAGAUCAACAGAAAGUACGAGCCAGCAAGAAAAGAAGAGAAAGAGAAAGAAUUACACGAGGGCGCCUGACGAAAGAAGCCUCUUAAAUCUGGGAGCUGGAAUUAGAGCCGCAGGAACUGCAGAGGGGAAGCCACAAAACCGCAGUGAAGAUGCCUGCUAAUGGGAACCAUCCCUUGAAGCUGCAGUUUGGUCUAAUUAAUUAUGAGGGUCGCUAUCUCACAGCAGAGGCCUUUGGUUUUAAGGUGAAUGCAUCAGCAUCGAGCCUAAAGAAGAAGCAGAUCUGGACUCUGGAGCAAGACUCCCAGGACACCCAGGUGGUGUUUUUACGCAGUCACCUGGGACGCUACUUAGCUUCUGACAAAGAUGGCAACGUUACCUGUGAGGCCGAUGGCUACAAUUCAGACUGCCGCUUCCUGAUCGUGCCUCAGUCGGACGGCCGCUGGGCGCUGCAGUCUGAGCAAUAUCUUCGCUUCUUUGGUGGCUCACAGGACUACCUGUCCUGCUUCGCUCAGAUAAUCACAGAUGCCGAGCUGUGGGCAGUGCACCUGGCUCUCCAUCCUCAAGCCAACCUUCUGUCUGUCGCCCGUAAGCGCUAUGCCCACCUCUCCAAGGAGGAUGGGGAAAUCGCCGUGGAUGUUAACAUUCCCUGGGGGGUGGAAGCACUCCUGACUCUUGUCUACCUUGAUGGGAAAUACUGCCUAAAGACUUGUGACGGCCGCUUCCUCAGUAGCGACGGAAAGCUGUUGAAGGAGAGUGGGCGGGCCACGGCGUACACGUUGGAGCUGAAGUGUGGGAAGCUAGCCUUUAAAGAUUGUGAAGGGAAGUAUUUGUCUCCCAUGGGGCCUACGGGGACCCUGAGGUCUGGCCGAUGCUCCAAACCUGGCAAAGAUGAACUGUUUGACUUGGAGGAGAGCCACCCCCAAGUGGUUCUGACAGCAGCUAAUGGCCGCUAUGUCUCCAUAAGGCAAGGAGUAAGCCUCGCUGCCAAUCAGGAGGACGAGACCGACAUGGAGACGUUUCAGAUGGAGAUCCACAAAGACACCAAGAUGUGCACGUUUCGCACCAGUCAAGGAAACUACUGGGCUCUGGUGGCUCAUGGAGGCAUCCAGAGCACCGCUACAGAAGUAUCAGUGAACACCAUGUUUUCAGUGGAGUGGCUCAGCCACAAGGUGGCAAUAAAAGCCAGCAAUGGGAAAUACAUCUGCAUCAAGAAGAAUGGACAGUUACUGGCAGUCAGCGACUCCAUAGGUGAAGACGAGCAGCUGACUUUGAAACUCAUCAACCGGCCCUUGCUGAUCCUGAGAGGGGAGAAUGGGUUCAUCUGCCACCACAAGAACUCCAACACGCUGGACGCCAGCAGAUCCGUCUAUGACAUCUUCACCCUGCAGUUCAGCAACGGCGCUUAUCACAUCAAAGGUAUUGAUGGGCGGUUCUGGUACGUGAACAGUGCCGGGCUGGUGUGUGCAGAUGGCGAGGCCCCAGAAGAUCUCAGCGUGGAGCUGCUGGAGCGCGGCCGCCUCGCUAUUCGUGGCAAAAAUGGCAAAUACCUGCGAGGGGAUCAGGGAGGCAAUCUGAAAGGAGAUGGACUCAGCCUGAGCAGCUCGGCCCUGUGGGAGUACUAAGAGUUUAAAUCUUAAUGGUCGAUCCGCCAACUUUAGCGUUGAACUAACUUCUUGGAAUGAAGGAUACUGACAAAGGAAGAACUGAUUGUGCACAUAUAUAUAUGUAUAUAUAUAUAUAUUCAUUCAGCCAUGAGAAGUAUUUGAGCUGCAAAAUUAGUGGUGUUACUCCUUUAAACUCUUUUCUAAUAGCUGUUUAAUGCACACUUGACUUGCUGUCUGAAUUAAAAUAAUAAAGGCACACAGAUCAUAAUCACUGGCAUGAC